CAGGCUGAGCCACCGAGCCCAGCCCAGAUGAUUAAUUUUUUAAAUAAAAGUUUUAAAACUCAUCUAAGUUCAAAACAUAUAUCCCUUUAAAAUUUUUGUGUUCUGAAUGUUUAGGGCAAAAGCAAAGACAAGCCGUGUGUGUGUGUGUGUUUGUAUACGUGUACAUGUGUGUGAUUGCUUCAUAGAAUGCUAAAACAAAAACAGCUUCAGUUUCCCUUAAAAUCUCGAGGUGACAUUUUGAUUAUGGGUGUAGACAUUGCUGGCGUUUUAUUACUAGAUAUUGACCAGCAAAAGUGAAAAUUGCUUAUCACACUCAUGAGUUUGAUAUACUUCUUGCCUAAGGAAUAGAAAAGUCAGAUUGUCCAGGAGUAUCAAUAUUUUUCGUAUCUUUUCAUGUAUAUUUUCCUUGCCUUUUUUCAUUCAUCCAUGAACAAUUAAAUGAAGCAAGUUUCUCUCAAUAGCAAAUAUUUACUUUCUUAAGAUUAGCUUUCUUUGCUGUCCUGAUAACCUAGGGAUGAAUCCUGACUCAUGCUGUUCAAAACAGGAAGAGAAAAACCUUUGUUUUGUUAAUAGAUUGUCAUUAUGGAUAUUCUAUUAAAAAUCCCAGGGAUUGGGAUUUUUCAAAAUUGGACAACUUUGGGAUCUUUUUUAGACUUUUGGUAUUGUCCCUUAAAUCCCCUCGCUGAGUGAUUUUAAGAGGCAGUUGGUCUCUAUAAGAAAAAUGUAAGCCAUGCUUGCUACCCAUGGUCAUUACUCAAGAGACCCUCUACGCUUAGAAGGGGUAAGGCUAAAAUUUGUUCCUCCACCCUCGUUUUAUGUAAAUAUUGUAGCUGACCUCCACAGGUGUUGACUGUACCAUAUCUAGAAAUACAAAACUUAAGCUCUUGAGAAUUUUCAUCCUAACCAAUCUAGGUGAACAAUUAGUUAAGAUGGUUUAGGAAGAACUUGCCCCAAUAACUGAUUCAUAGUUUUUCUUUGUAUUAAUUAUCAGGUUUUUUCUCUCCAAUCUUUGUAUUGAAAAUUAUUUCCUAACCCAUAAGGAUUUGUUGAGAUACCAUUCUAGAAUCCCUAAUAUUUGUUGUUAUAGCAACAAUGGAACCCAAUUUUCUUUUAAAGCAUUACUUAGCUUUCCCUACUUAGGCAGAAAAGAUAUCAGAGGGAGGGUGAUCCCAAAGCCUGAGUUGUGGCUAUGAGGCUCCAGUUUCCUAAAUUGUCUGUGGUUAUAUAUAACUGUGCGUUCCAUCUUGUCUGGUACCUGGUCCACAUCUUUUCUGAAAUCUGCUGGAAGGUCAGAGCCCUAGAGAAUAAGAGACGCUUGCUGCUGGUGAGAGGGUAUGGCCAGGAUUCCUGGAGUUGGAAGAUCUUCAGCUUCACCAUCUUUGGAGAACAAGGAAGAAAAUGAAAGUGAUGUGGUCCUUCUUAGUCACAAGGACCCUGACAGAGGACGCACAGAGGAGCAGCUGGCUCAUCCGGAGUCCUCUGACCUUGACCCAAGCAUGCAGGGCCCACCCUGCAGCCUCCCCGCUGGGCUCAGCCUGGACGACUUCAUACCUGGCCACCUCCGGGCCCAUGUAGGGUCAUCCUCCCGGGGGACACGGGUGCCCGUGAUCCGGAAUGGUGGCUCCAACACCCUUAAUUUCCAGUUCCAUGACCCCGCGCCCAGGACUGUGUGCAAUGGCUACUUCACACCGAGGAGAGAUGCUUCCCAGGACCCAGACCCUGCGUGGUAUCAGACUUGGCCAGGCCCUGGGAGCAGGCCCUCUGCCUGCACGAAGACCCCUGCCCCCCAGCAUGCCCAGAACUGGUCAGCCACAUGGACCAAGGACAGCAAGCGUCGGGACAAGCGCUGGGUCAAGUACGAGGGAAUCGGGCCCGUGGAUGAGAGCGGCAUGCCCAUUGCUCCCCGAUCCAGUGUUGACAGCCCCAGGGACUGGUACCGGAGAAUGUUCCAGCAGAUUCAUCGGAAAAUGCCAGAACUGCAGCUGGACUGGACCUUCGAGGAGCCACCCAAAGUGGUUUCCUCAUGGGCCUCCUCUGCAGACCCCAGGCAUCCAGUGCCCCAGCAAAGACCUGCCUGCAGGCCCGGUCCAGCAGCAUCUUCCAGCGGAAGAAGCUGGGAUCACUCUGAAGAGCCACCUAGAAGCACCUUCAACUACAACUCUAGAGCAUUCUCCUCUGUGCGCCAUCCCCCAAAUCAGGUGGCCAGACGCCGAGAAAAAGUAGACAACGUCUGGACAGAAGACUCAUGGAACCAGUUUCUUCAAGAACUCGAGACUGGGCAGAGGCCCAAGAAACCGCUGGUGGACAACAUUGUUGAGAAGCCCUCCCAGCCCAUUGAGGUCCUGCUGGAGAGAGAGCUGGCCAAGCUGAGCGCUGAGCUGGACAAGGACCUGCGGGCCAUUGAGACCCGGCUACCAUCCCCGAAGGUACCCAGGGGAGGGGUCACCAGGGCGGGCGUGAAGCCCCAAACAGGUGACUCACUCUGUGUCCCGCGCAGCCCGGCCUCCACCUGGAGCUCCGGCUCCACGCAUGCACCUUACCUGGGCUCCGCCCGAUCCCUGAGCCCCCACAGAAUGGCGGAUGGAGGAAGUCCCUUUCUAGGUCGUCGGGACUUUGUCUACCCUGCCUCAGCCCGAGAUCCCUGUGCCUCUGAAGGAGGGGCCAGCCCAGCCAGGAAAGAAGAGAAGAAGAGGAAGGCUGCCAGGCUCAAGUUUGACUUCCAGGCACAGUCCCCCAAGGAGCUGACCCUGCAGAAGGGUGACAUUGUCUAUAUCCACAAGGAGGUGGACAAGAACUGGCUGGAAGGAGAACAUCAUGGCCGAAUGGGCAUCUUCCCUGCGAAUUAUGUGGAGGUGCUGCCCGCAGAUGAGAUCCCCAAGCCCAUCAAGCCCCCGACCUACCAGGUGCUGGAGUAUGGAGAGGCUGUGGCCCAGUACACCUUCAAGGGGGACCUAGAGGUGGAGCUGUCCUUCCGCAAGGGGGAGCGCAUCUGCCUGAUCCGCAAGGUGAAUGAGAACUGGUACGAGGGGCGCAUCCCGGGCACGGGGCGCCAGGGCAUAUUCCCUGCCAGCUACGUGCAGGUGAACCGUGAGCCACGGCUCCGGAUCUGCGACGACGGCCCCCAGCUCCCUGCGUCUCCCCACCUGACCACUGCCCAUCCGGCCCGUCACCCUGGCUCCCCCGCAGCACCACGCAGCCCAGCGGAUCACGCCGACUGGGGGGGCCGGACUUCCCCUCGACGCACUGGCUUCUCCUUUCCGCCCCAGGAGUCCAGACCCCAGGUCCAGAGUGUCAGCACUUGUGGGCCAGCUCUGUCCCACCCUCGAGGCUCCAGCCACCUCCUGGACCCGGAGGCCUCGUCCCCUAACACCACGCAGAUACACUGGACCCCGUACCGGGCCAUGUACCAGUACAGACCCCAGAACGAGGAUGAGCUGGAGCUGCGAGAGGGGGACCGGGUGGACGUCAUGCAGCAGUGUGACGACGGCUGGUUUGUGGGUGUCUCCCGGAGGACCCAGAAAUUCGGAACAUUCCCUGGAAACUAUGUGGCCCCCGUGUGAGUGGUCUCCAUGGCCGCUUGGAGCCAGCCAGGUUGGGGUGGGGAGCAGUAGCACUCGUGGGAGGGAGAGGACGCCCACAUCCUGCUUCCCC